UUUCUUUCCCUUCGAGCUGUAUUUCUCGACCAGUAAUUGUUCUGACUCGGCUGUCAAAUCUGCGGAGUCAUCAUUUUCUCUCUGAUUUUCUAGCUAUCUAUGUUCGUAUUCGUGUUAAGGUGUUUUGAGAUUGCAUUCUUUCGUUGGAAGGCAACUCUCACUCAAUUUCGCUGAUCGUAUUUGAAUUGGUAAAGGAAACUGAUAAGAGUAUUUAGGGCGUUCGCUUAACGAUGGACCAAGCUGAACUGACAACAGAACAGGUUUUAAGAAGAGACAUCCCAUGGGAGUCGUACAUGACAACUAAGCUGAUUUCGGGAACAGGUCUUCAGCUGUUAAGACGUUAUGAUAAAAAACCUGAAAGUUACAAGGCACAGUUGCUGGAAGAUGAUGGUCCAGCUUAUGUUCGGGUAUUUGUUGGCAUUUUGCGGGAUAUAUUCAAAGAGGAAACGGUGGAAUAUGUUCUAGCUUUAAUAGGUGAAAUGCUUACAGCAAACCAAAAAAGAGCCAGAUUGUUCCAUGACAAAUCUCUUGCAAAUGAAGAUACUUAUGAACCUUUCUUAAGAUUGCUUUCAAAAGGUAAUUGGUUCAUAGAAGAAAAGAGCUGCGAGAUUCUGGCUUUGAUAGUAAGUGCUAGGCCAAAAAACCAGGGUGGCGCUGUUUCAAAUGGGGAAGUUGUGAGUUCUAAGAGCAAGGUCACUAGUAUUGACGAUGUAUUGAAAGGUUUGGUUGAGUGGCUUUGUGUACAGCUAAAAAAGCCUUCUCAUCCUAAUCGUGGCAUUCCAGCAGCUAUCAGUUGCCUUGCAACAUUGCUGAAGGAACCUAUUGUCAGGUCUUCCUUCAUUCGAGCAGAUGGGGUGAAGUUACUGAUCCCUUUUAUCUCUCCUGCAUCAACCCAACAAUCUAUUCAGCUUCUUUAUGAAACAUGUCUUUGUAUCUGGCUCUUAUCCUACUAUGAACCAGCAAUUGAAUACUUGGCUACCUCUAGAACCCUUCCGCGACUGAUAGAAGUUGUGAAGAGUUCCACAAAAGAGAAGGUUGUCAGGGUGGUUGUCUUGACCUUCCGGAACUUGCUCCACAAAGGAACAUUUGGUGCUCAGAUGGUGGACCUUGGACUGCCACAAAUUGUUCAAAGUUUGAAAACACAGGCAUGGAGCGAUGAAGACCUUUUGGAAUCUCUGAACCAACUGGACGAAGGGUUAAAGGAUAACAUUAAGAAGUUAAGUUCUUUUGACAAGUACAAGCAAGAAGUGUUCCUUGGCCAUCUUGACUGGUCUCCUAUGCAUAAAGAUCCUAUGUUUUGGCGUGAGAAUAUUACAAAUUUCGAGGAGAAUGAUUUUCAGAUUCUUAGGGUCCUUAUCACAAUUUUGGACACCUCUAGUGAUCCAAGAGCCCUGGCUGUUGCUUGCUUUGAUCUCUCCCAGUUUGUCCAGCACCAUCCAGCUGGUCGCGUCAUAUUGACAGACCUCAAGGCCAAGGAACGGGCUAUGAAACUGAUGAACCAUGAAAAUGCUGAAGUUACCAAAAAUGCCCUACUAUGCAUUCAGAGGCUUUUCCUCGGUGCAAAGUAUGCGAGCUUUUUGCAAGCUUGAUUCCAUUCCCCUUAGGGUUUGGAAUGGUAAAUCGUUCAUAUCAUCUAUUACAAUUGAAGUACUUGUGAUGAAAGGUUACUGUUUGUUCGUUCUUAGUUCAUCUAUUAUCAUAUGAGCAAUUCGCAAUUCGCGAUUCGCAAUUCAUCGAUCCGGGACUUUCUCAUUUCGUCAGGUUAUAAUGUUUAUGAUUAAAAGUCUUGAAGAAUCAAUUCUUAUUUAUUUAAGAAAUAUUUAGUUCAGAUUGCGAGCUGCAGAAUAAAGAAUGCGCAAAGUGUACUUCUUGAUGGUUGUAUAUACAUACCAUCAGUCUAUUGAUUGACAUUUAAACACUGAGCCGUUUUAGACUU